GUCUGCAGUCACAAUCAACAAUGAGUGUUGACUGUUUGUAAAUGUCGCGUCUUUCACAACAAAAUGAAGCGAUUAUAUAUUAUUUUUGCCACUGGUGCUGUUCUCAGUUGUGCAGUAUUAUUGGCGACCGUCUUGUACUUUGUUUUUUCCACAAUGUCUGCUCCAACGGAGGACUGGCAGAGGGCAACCUCCAUUUAUAAUUUCUCUGCAGUGGAUAUUGAUGGCAACUUAAUUUCCCUUGAAAAAUACAGGGGGGAUGUUGUCAUCAUCACCAAUGUUGCCUCUAAAUGAGGCAAAACCCCAGUAAACUACUCUCAGUUUGCGGAGCUGCACGCCAACUACUCUGGGAGAGGUUUACGCAUUCUUGCUUUUCCUUCAAACCAGUUUGGGGGACAGGAGCCAGGCAAUGAGACUCAGAUCAAACAGUUUGCUCAGUCCUACAAUGCUCAGUUUGACAUGUUCAGUAAGAUAGAGGUGAACGGGGACAAUGCCCUCCCCCUCUGGAAAUGGCUGAAGGAGCAGCCCAAUGGGAAAGGCUAUUUCGGAAAUAGUAUCAAGUGGAACUUCACUAAGUUUUUGAUCAACAGAGAGGGACAGGUGGUGAAGCGUUAUGGACCCCUGGAUGAUCCGAGUGUGGUGGAGAAAGAUCUUCCAAAAUACCUUUAAAUUCAUAACAAAAACUGAUGCCUUACUCAUCUACAUUGUCUCCAUCAUAGUUUUUCCCUCCUUUCUCUGCCUCUCCAAGCACCACUGGACAAAGUUUGAGUCCACCCCAGACCAGUGACGGUCUGUUCAUAAACCCGUAUAACGGAUAGGACAGACUUGAUGAAAGUAGCGUGCAAACCCACUGGGAAGGAUUAUCAAACUGAUAUUCAGUUGGUUGUCUGGAGGAAAUGAGAAAGGAGUCCUGAACACAUCUUAUAAGUAUUGUAACAUCCUAAAGUGCUUCAUUAUUCUCAAAAUAAAGUCCACUGUAUUUCAAGGCUGAUA